CUUGCCAUCACAUUCAACAUGGAGCGCUGGCAGGGCAAAGUUGCUAUGGUGACUGGUGCUAGCAGUGGCAUCGGUGCUGCUUGUGCCAAGGCUUUGGUGUGUGCCGGAUUUGUUGUUGUGGGAUUAGCACGUCGCCAGGAACGCAUUGCGCAAUUGCAACAGGAAUUACCUACGCGAUUUCGCUCCAAUUUACACGCCUACAAAUGUGAUAUAACAAAGGAGGAGAGUGUAAGCGACGCUUUCAAGUGGACGCAGCAGAAGCUGGGCGCCGGCGUUGAUGUUUUGGUGAAUAAUGCUGGCAUUAUAGCGACUACGGAGUUGAGUGCACGUCAGAAUACGAAUGAAAUACGCAACACCAUCGAUACGAAUCUGUUGGGUACGGUUUUUUGUACACGCGAGGCUUUCAAUUCAAUGCGUGAACGUGAUGUUGAAGGUCAUAUAAUGAUCAUUAAUAGUGUGGCUGGUUUGCAAGUUCCGAAUUUGGGUCCAAACUUGCCAUCGCUCAAUAUAUAUCCUGCAACAAAGUUCGCUUUACGAGCUAUGAACGAAAUCUAUCGACAAGAAUUCCAGCGACACAAGACUCGUGUACGAAUAACGAGCAUCAGUCCAGGCAUUGUUGAUACCGACAUAUUGCCCACUUCUAUUCGCAAUGUUGUCAAGGAUAUGCUACCGAGUCUUACGUCGGAAGAUGUGGCCGAUGCUGUAUUAUGGGCAAUAAGCACACCACCAAAUGUACAGGUUCACAACAUCACCAUAAAGCCCAUGGGGGAAAAAUUUUAAUACUUAGUAUAGUUUAAGCUUAUCUUAUUAAAUUCAUUUGACCCUACUUAACUAUUUUUUAUUUAAAAAUAUAGAACAUUUCAUGGAAUAAAUAUUA